GUGUCUGGGUUCUCUUCUUUCUGUCUCAUCACUCGUGGCACCAACCCGGCAUUCCACUCUUCCUUCCCUCCUGUCUGGUGAGACCGCUGCUACGAGAGAUCCCCAUGCUGCUGGGCGGCAGAAGGAAGGUUCUAAAGAGUGCUGGUUCCUGAUCACUUCCUCUUAGCUUGUUCCUUCGUUUUCUCCUUUCUGUUUCUGGCUCUUGUUCAUAAUACUAAUUCCCCUUCUGAACCCCAUUGUUCAUCUUGUCAUAUCCUUUCUCAGACCCCGCCGCCGACAUUCUUGACAAACUCACUAAGAGAGAGUCGGCUUAUUAUUUGAGUCUUGAUCCAUCCAUUCAUUAUUACACAUUGAAUACUCGGACUGCUCCACCUGGACUUCACUGUUGUCUACAUAUCCCUUAUUGGAGUGUUAUUGAUUAUCACUCGUUAUCACAUCCUACUGGCUUGGGAUUAGACAACAAUCAUGGCGGCGUCCGAGUCGAUAGUCAAACACACUCUCUUAUUAUCGAGGAUAGUCUCGCGAGAGUUUAGAGAGCAUAACAACUGUACUCGAGGGCCAGAUGGCUUCAUCGACCCGGAUAGUUGUUAUGUCCCCUUUUGGUACACAAGAACGGGCGUCAUAGUGAAAUGGUCUCUCUUCCUCGGCCUAAGUACCUUCUUCGGGCUCUACCUCAUCCUAGGCUACCUACACGCCAAAAGGCGGAUGACCAAGGGUCAACCACCCAUGGCUUAUCAUAGGUGGCUCGUCGCCCGCCAUGAUCUCGCCCGCGUAGACCCUCGCUACCCCUACCCCCAAACAACCUUCCAACCUUAUAGUCAAGGACAACAACAGCCCUACGGAAACUACGGAAUGCACCCCGUCCCUCCACCAGUCUAUGACCCCGACGCUCCUCGUCCCCCGAUGUACCCGGGACCUCCUCCGGCCAUGGCCAUGGCCAUGGUGCAACCGCCGGAUGGAGCGACGAAGGUCGAUCCUAUGCAACAGGCACUGGCGCCGGCGUCAGUGCCGGUGCUACCGCCGCUGUACUCUGGCCGAAACGACGGCAACGGUGGUGGUGAGGAGCAGUAUGAAGCGCCGCCUGGACCACCACCGUCAGCACAAGCACAGGUACAGGGACCGAUAAGGCAGCAGGGAACGGGUGGGACGAAUCCCUUUCGGGAUUGAGUGAUUGGAUAGACUUUCGCUCGGUUUAGCUUUCUACCUUUCUUUCUGUUUCCUGUGUAGAGUGGGUGGCAUGAAGUUGGAUACCUAGGCGGGUUGGACACUCUUGGAUUUUCCGAUUUUGGCGUUUGUAUAGGCCGGGCUGGGCUGGGAUGGGAUGCUAGGGGUGGGUGGCUGGGCAGGUUACAGCAUUGUCUUGUUUCGUAUAUGUUUACUCUGCAUUUAUUAUACCAGAAGGAAUAACACUCUUAAGGACCGUGGUAAUCACUUGAGCUCGACCGAGACGGAAGAAGGGGCAAGUGGCGGUUGAAUAAGUCCAA